GCUUGAGUCAGAUAAUUACAGAUCUGGGUUGAAACCUUCCCUGGGAGUGAUCAGAAAAGCCAGGACUUGCAGACGUGCUCCCAUCGCUCACUCGCACCUUGGCUUCCCCCCUCCAUGGGAAAGGUUGUGGAACCUCCUGGCUGUUGGAGUCAAUUGAUAUCUACCUGAAUUAUAUUCAGCUGAACAUAGUGGAUGAAGGCGCCCCAGACACUUCAAGCAUUACAUGUGGAACCCAGGGAGCCUGAAGGAAGCUGUGAAGUUAAUGGAAUGAUUCCCUGUGUAGCUGGAACUACGAGUAGGAUUGUGCUCUGAAAAUCUCGACAGGGAGGAGGAAGGAAGAACUUACUGCAGGGAAGAGCAGUGCUGGCAGUGCCCAGGCAGGAGCUGUUCAGGUGCAGCGCUGGGCUCCUGGUAAGGCAAGUUAGCUGAGUGCUGCUAAUGGCAUGGUGAGAUGUGUUGAAGAGCAGCUGCGAGGGUGUCCAAGGGCAGGGGGACUGCGCUAGGAGCUGGUGUGCAACAUCAUGGGCCAGUGCGUCACCAAGUGCAAGAAUCCUUCUUCCACCCUGGGCAGCAAAAAUGGGGAAAGGGAAUCCGGCAGCAAGUCCCACAAGAGAAGUGCAGUCCACAAAGAUGACCAUGGCUCAGCUUGUGGGAAGGCUUCAGGAGACAUCCUUGUGAAUGGGACAAAGAAAAUGGACACUGCUUUGGAGUCCAGUCAGCCCCCGACGUUUUCUGGAGAUACAAAGAAAGACUCUGUUUGCAGCGCGGAAGAAUCUUCGCUUCAAAGGAUCGGGGAGUUGUUUAGGAGGUACAAGGAUGAACGGGAAGAUGCCAUACUGGAAGAAGGGAUGGAACGAUUUUGCAAUGACCUCUGUGUUGAUCCCACUGAAUUUAAAGUACUAGUUUUGGCUUGGAAAUUCCAGGCUGCUACCAUGUGCAAAUUUACAAGGAAGGAGUUUUUUGAAGGCUGCAAAGCAAUAAACGCAGACAGCAUUGAUGGCAUUUGUGCAAGGUUCCCCAGCCUCCUAAACGAAGCCAAGCAGGAAGAUAAAUUCAAGGAUCUCUACCGUUUCACCUUCCAGUUUGGCCUGGACUCUGAAGAAGGACAGAGGUCGCUACAUCGGGAAAUAGCCAUUGCCCUUUGGAAAUUAGUCUUCACCCAAAACAAGCCCCCUAUUUUGGACCAGUGGUUACACUUCCUCAUCAAGAACCCCUCAGGAAUCAAGGGAAUCUCCCGGGACACGUGGAACAUGUUUCUAAAUUUUACUCAGGUGAUUGGACCGGACCUUAGCAAUUACAGCGAGGACGAGGCCUGGCCGAGUCUCUUCGAUACCUUUGUGGAGUGGGAAAUGGAGCGAAGGAAAAAGGAAGAGGAAACCAAAUGUGUUACAUCUUUGGACACAGAGGGCCUGUGUGAGGAACAGACUUAGCGGUGUCCAAGCAGCAGUGACGAAAGCAACUUGUUGCCCUUCACAAAAUGUAAACUCUGGAUGUUUCUGGAAAUUACCGAGGCUCCAGAUUUUUCUACUUUACACCUUUUUCUGCCUUGUCUUUGAAAGGGCUCUAAAAUGCUGUAUCAUUUUUAGGCACUUUCUUAAUUUUGGUUAUUCCUUUUACUCUUGCCCUGAAAUAUUUGACCCUGGCUACAAGUUAAGCGUUUUUGGGGGUUGUUUUUUUUUAAGACUUCAGAUUAGUAUAAGUAAGUCUGAUAUUUCUUGCACAAUGUAGAUCUUUUUAGUUAGGUUAAAUUAACAUUGCUAAGUUAUACAGUGCCAGAUUAAGUUUUUCAUACUACAUCUGUCAGGGCAGGUCUGUACUGUGUGUAGUGCUGUUUACAUUGUUGAAAUUUUAGGUUAUAAUAAUUUUAAGGUUUUAUACCAAGAUAAACAGCAGUGUUAACUAUAAAUGCAUUAAUCCCAGGUAAUAAGGCUCUAAAAACCAACAUAAGCAACAGCUUUUUGUAAUAUGGCUAAUUCUCAUUUUGAGCUAACUCUUAGUGAAUGAGUCCAGAUCAUUCCUUUUUUUUGGACUUUCAAACUAAAUGUUGGGAUUGUUUUAUAAAAUUACUGUACCUGUCAGUCAACUGAGUGGUAGAUGACGAUUUGUAUCUAAAUCUCUUUACACGUUCAUGUAAUAAAAGAGCAGUACUACCUCAGUUUUAUUGAAAGUGGACUUGUUGAUGGACUUCCAUUUUCUCUGGAAGUUGUAUUUUUGUGGUUACAUGAGAAUAUUUUUACUUGACUAAAAGAACCAAAGGUUCUGCUUCUUAAGUUUGCUAAACAUUGACAGAAGCAACACACAAAUCCUAAGUCUUCAAGGAAAACUGUGGUAUAAUUCUGCUUUAAUUUGUUUGAUUUAUACCUAAAGUAUUACCUUACUUGUCUGGCAAGCACAGUACUUCUAUGUAAGGAACUAUCUUUUGCAUUAAUAUUGACGAACCAAUUUUUUAAAACCUAUGUUUAAUUGCUAAAUUGCAGUUAAUACUCCACACUUUCUGGAGAAACAAUAUCGGCAUCUGAUGACAAAGUGAAUUCUUAAUGUGUUCUUAAUGACAACAGUGUAGAUGAGUCAUUUUUAGACUGAUUUGAUAAUAUUUGGAUAGGAGUCAAUUUAUUAUUUUACAAUGCCUGUAUUGGGACUAUUUGCCUGUUGAAAUUGUUGUGACUUAAAGGGAGUUUUAUUAACACUG